UUUUUUUUUUUUUCCUGUUAUUUUCCUAACCUGCCAGCAGAGAGGGGGGCGAACCGACACCCCCUCCUUUCCCCACGCCCCAGGACCCCCCAGGCAGCUCCGCAAUCGCCCUCUUUUCCUGCGUGCGUGUGUGGGUGCGAGUGUGGUGCCUGUCAAAGGGGCUGUUUCUCUUCCCCACCCUCCUCCUCCUUCUUCUUCCAAAUAUGCUUUUUGCAAGUUUUGAUCUCGUCUCGGCACUGGCUACCCUCGCCGCGUGCUUGGUGUCACUGACUUUGCUGCUGGCCGUGUCCCAACAGCUGUGGCAGCUCCGCUGGGCUGCCACCCGCGACAAAACCUGCAAGCUACCAAUCCCUAAAGGCUCUAUGGGAUUCCCUUUAAUCGGAGAAACCUUCCACUGGCUCCUGCAGGGUUCCUGCUUCCAAUCUUCCCGGCGGGAGAAGUACGGGAACGUUUUCAAGACGCACUUGCUGGGGCGUCCGCUGGUGCGGGUGACGGGGGCGGAAAACGUGCGGAAGAUCCUGAUGGGGGAACAUCACCUGGUGAGCACCGAGUGGCCGCGCAGCACCCGCAUGCUGCUGGGACCCAACACGGUGGCCAACUCCAUCGGCGACAUCCACCGACACAAGAGGAAGGUUUUCUCUAAAAUCUUCAGCCAUGAGGCCCUGGAGAGCUAUCUCCCCAAGAUCCAGCUGGUAAUCAAAGACACCCUUCGGGCCUGGAGCAGCAACCCUGAGUCCAUCAAUGUCUACCACGAGACCCAGAAGCUCACCUUCCGCAUGGCCAUCCGUGUCCUGCUGGGCUUCCGCAUCCCCGACGAGGAACUCAACCGCCUCUUCGAGGUCUACCAGCAGUUUGUGGAGAACGUCUUCUCCCUGCCCGUGGAUCUGCCCUUCAGUGGCUACAGGAGGGGCAUCCGGGCACGCGAGACACUGCAGAAGGGGCUGGAGAAAGCCAUCCAGGAGAAACUGCAGAACACGCAGGGCAAGGACUACGCCGACGCGCUGGACAUCUUGAUAGAGAGUGGCAAGGAGCAUGGCAAGGAGCUCACCAUGCAGGAGCUGAAGGAUGGCACCCUGGAGCUCAUCUUUGCUGCCUACGCCACCACUGCCAGCGCCAGCACCUCCCUGAUCAUGCAGCUCCUCAAACACCCCCGGGUCCUGGAGAAGCUGCGGGAGGAGCUGAGGAGCAAGGGGAUCCUCCACAACGGCUGCAUCUGCGAGGGCUCCCUCCGGCUCGACAACAUCAGCAGCCUCCACUACCUGGAUUGUGUCAUCAAGGAGGUGCUUCGCCUCUUCACCCCCAUCUCCGGGGGGUACCGGACGGUGCUGCAAACCUUUGAGUUGGAUGGCUUCCAAAUCCCCAAGGGCUGGAGUGUGAUGUACAGCAUCAGGGACACCCAUGACACUGCCCCCGUCUUCAAGGACGUGGAUGUCUUCGACCCCGACCGCUUCGGGCAAGGCCGAAGCGAAGACAAGGAGGGGAGGUUCCACUACCUGCCCUUCGGAGGCGGCGUACGGACCUGUCUGGGCAAACACCUGGCCAAGCUCUUCCUCAAGGCCUUGGCCAUCGAGUUGGCCAGCACCAGCCGCUUCGAGCUCGCCACCAGGACUUUCCCCAAAAUCACCCUGGUGCCCGUGGUCCACCCGGUCGACGGACUGAAGGUCAAAUUUUUUGGACUGGAUUCCAACCAGAACGAGAUCCUGACGGGGACAGACGCCAUGCUGGGAGCGACGGUGUAAAGGCCG